AUGUUCUUUGAGAUUGUCCUUGCUCUUGGACUUGAGCUGCUUCAUAUCAACGGAGAGAUCAUCAAUCGGUCUCGAGUCCGACUUGGUAUCUGCAAGUUCCCUCGUGUAACCUUCGGUUAUCCGAGUGCCAACGCUGUUAAUCGCUCGGGUAGCAUACGGAAAGUCCGUGGAUAG